AUUUCUGUUGCGUGUAAACUAGUCCGCUGACCUUUUAGUUUUUAACAGGAGCAAAACUAUAUACAUUUAAAACAGAUAGAGCAGGAUAUAAAAAUUAUAAAGCUAGCUAAUUUAUUUAGCCAGCGACGUGUAUGAAUAACUAGGUGGUGUUGACCAGCAGAAGAAUGGCUGAGCAAAGAAGCGGAUAUGUGCAGUUAACCAAUGAGGAAGAAACAGAGACGCCUGAGGUGCUCCAGCAAGCAUCUGAUGCUCCCCCUCCCUACAACAGCAUUGCACCUGACACAGCAGCAUUUUUUGAUUACAAAGAUGAUGGCAGUUACCCCAAACCCCCUUCAUACAAUGUCGCUACAUCUUUACCUUCAUACGAUGAAGCAGAGAGAACCAAGGCAGAGUCUGCUCUUCCUCUUAUGACAGCCCAGGAUGAGGAGUUUGUACCCAGAGAUGACUUUGAUGAUAUUGACCAACUGCGUGUCGGGAAUGAUGGCAUUUUUAUGCUGACGUUUUUCAUGGCUUUCCUCUUCAACUGGAUUGGCUUCUUUCUGUCUUUCUGCCUGACCACCUCAGCAGCAGGGCGCUAUGGAGCCAUCUCUGGCUUUGGUCUCUCCCUAGUUAAGUGGGUCCUGAUUGUCAGGUUUUCCACAUAUUUCACGGGCUACUUUGAUGGACAGUAUUGGCUGUGGUGGAUAUCUUUGGUUAUAGGGUUCCUCAUGUUCCUCAGAGGAUUCAUUAAUUACUCCAGAGUGCGUAACAUGGCUGAUCAUUCCUUUUCCACCCUCCCUCGCACCCGAGUCCUUUUUAUCUAUUGAAGACUUCUCGCCUCAGGACUUUUUACAAAUUUAAGAAAAUGGCAAAACUUGGCUUCGAGUCUUCAGAAUGGAGUGCAAAGAAGAAUAUGGUUGUAUCAAACAAUGCAACACAGUAAAAUGACUAAACAAGGAUGCUGAUAAUCCCCUAAUCAUGUAUUUAUCUGGAACUAAUAUCUGGUGCAAUCAACCAUGAAUAUAAAUUGAAUGCAGUGUUUUUAAUAUUUAGGAAUUAGCACACUGACGGUGUUUAUGAACAGCCAUAUAUAAACACCAAGUAUAUACACAAUUGAUGCCUUGCAAAAUGUUCCACAUACCCAGUAAUUAUCUUGGAUGCUUUCAGGCUUCUUAUUAACAGUGCUGGGAAAUUCGUUUUACUUUGUGAGUAAGUGUUGUAACCAUUUUUAUUCUGUGAAAUGCAAAGACUAGAUGUGUAAAAGACUUCGAAAACACUUCGAAAAUUGGACGAAGAUGGAAUCGAUGUAUAUAGAGGCCUUAAGCCAAAAUUAUGAUUCACGAGUCUUUAAACGGUUUCGAAGAUUUUGCUGUUAAUAGGACCAAAAAUCGCAGAAGUUCAGAGUGAUUAAGCAUGCAGUAUCAUCUACUUGUCAGUAGACUAAUUUUUUUUCAGUCAUCCUUACUAAACAGUGAUUUACAAUGCCAAAAGUAACAGUAGCUUACCAAGUUUACACACGUUAACCCAUUAAUUUGUUCAGAUAUCUGUGAUGAGCAUGGUGAUGAAUUAGUUCUGCACAGUGUGCUAUAUAGUGAUUUGUAUGUUUACACUUGUGCAAAUAAAUUUUAAUAAACUUUGCUCCUGUAGCAACA